AUGGCACCCAUUCCCAAACGCCAAACUCAGACGACUGGAAUCACCGUUCCUCCAAAGUGGAAAGGAAAGAUCCCGGCUUUCUUGUUCCGGGGUUGGAAGUCUGAAUCAGGUGGCAAUUCCAGGCUCAACACGAAAGAUGCUGUCACUCCUCAUGCAUUCUACGGCUCGCGGGGGGAACCGGGAGACAAGUUGAUCUCCAAAAUCCCCCAGGCACAGAUCCAGUCGGAGAUCAUGGGUCAUCUGGGGGGAGGCCUCGUCACGACCCAUUUCAGUUCUUGGGCUGCGGAUCUCCAGACAGCUCUGGGUUUUGCAGGCGUCGGCAAAGACGCGCACAUUGCCGUGUUCGAGACCUCACUCCGGGGGCAGCACAACGAAAUUUACCAUGUGCCCGCCCUCAAAGAAAUGGGCCUUACUCCAUGUUACUUCCCCGAAGAGUACCUGGUGUAUGGCCCUGUUUCGGGUGAGGCGUACACGUGCGUGUCCGUUAGGCGUCUUCGCGACCUUAAUUUGGGCUUGACCGUGGCAUCUCGCAUAGAGGGUAAAUCAAAAGUCUCAGUGGCAGAACUGAAACACUGCGAAAAGAUUGCUUACGAAUUCCGACCAAAGCGACAUAUUGCCUCCAAAGGCCCUGCCCUGUUCUUGGCGGUGUUCGCUGCUGAACUCGGUCGUCUUUUGCGUGCAGCGCAUGGAAGCAAUGUCGGCGUAGGAUGGUCUCAAGACGACAACAAAAAGAUUUUGUCUCACCUCUCUGCAUUAGGACUCGUGGACCGAGCCGCCAAGAAACCUCAGAAGAACUCAUUGGUGAAUCCGAAGACCUUCGUAGACGGCUUCCCUCAGUUGAAAGCGAUGGUCGAUAUUCUUAUGACACUUGGGCUCGAGAUUGAACGGAGGAGACCCGAGGCUUCCAAACUGUCGUCAUCCAAAACACUUGAGCCACCGAAAUCAGGAAAGAAGAGGAAGUUUGAUGAUACAAAAGCCCCGAAAGAUCCGAAACAGCCUAAUUCUCAAUCUAUGCACCCGUUGGACGCCCAGGCACACUUGCUGAGAGGCAGACUCAUUUCGGUUUUGACAGAGAAGCUUGAAAGCGUCAAGUCCGUACCGGAAGUAACUGGGAAGUCCAUGCACCGAUCAGCCUCUCAUCUUGACAUCCUGAUCAAGUGGGCCCUGGACUUUGACGCCGAACUGGAUCGUGCAGCAAUUUCGAUUUCGUCACUUUCUGCGUCCUGCAACGGACUGAUCGGGUCGUUGAACGGGGAGAAAGCCAGAAGUGCCCGACCACGUAAGCACUUGCACAAAAGGACUUGA